AUGGCUGCCGAACGCUUAACCUCCAUCAUCCGCCAUCUGGCGCCCGGAUCGUCGCUCAACAACAUCCAGAGCAAGAAUCCAGAUGACAUUGUCAUCACCCUGGCCGUCCGCACACCCCUCACCAAGGCCAAGAAGGGUGGUUUCAAGGACACUACGCUAGAGUACAUGAUCUACGCUCUCCUGGAGCAGGUCAGACUCAAGAGUGGCAUCGACCCUGCUCUGGUCGAGGAUUUCUGUCUCGGCAAUGUCUCUGACGCCAAAGCAGCGUACAAGCUUCGUGCUGCGGCCCUAGCAGCUGGGUUCCCAAACACAGCUGGCGCGAGCAGCGUCAACCGCUUCUGCUCCUCUGGCCUCAAGGCUACCGCUGACAUUGCGCACGCCAUUUCGAAUGGCUCCAUCGAGGUUGGUGUCGCGCUAGGCGCAGAGACCAUGUCGAUUGGCGGGGACGCCCUUGACAAGCCGUUCGAUGAGGCCGUGACGUCCAAGAGCCAGGAGGCGGAGGACUGCAUGAUGCCCAUGGGGUGGACGAGCGAGAACGUGAGCAAGGACUUUGGCGUCACACGAGAGAAGAUGGAUGAGUUUGCGGCCGAGAGCUUCCAGCGUGCGGAGAAGGCCCAGGCUCAGGGCUGGUCGACCGACGAGAUUGUCCCCAUCACCACCCGCGUCAAGGGCCCCGACGGUGAGUUCAAGGAGGUCACUCUCACCCAAGACGACGGCAUCCGCAAAGGAACCACCAAGGAAGGCCUCGGCAAGAUCCGAGCUGCGUUCCCCCAGUGGGGUGAGACGACCACUGGUGGCAAUGCCAGCCAGGUCACGGACGGUGCUGCCGCCGUGCUGCUGAUGAAGAGGUCUACGGCUGUGAAGCUGGGACAGCCCAUUGUCGCCAAGUACGUCGGCUCCACGGUGGCCGGUCUCGCGCCCCGGAUCAUGGGCAUUGGUCCCAGCAUCGCCAUUCCGAAGCUUCUUGCCCAGCUGGGCAUUACCCUGGCGGACGUUGAUGUCAUUGAGCUCAACGAGGCCUUUGCCAGCAUGGCUGUCUACUGCCGCGAUACGUUGGCCCUGGACUGGACCAAGAUGAAUCCUCGUGGUGGUGCGAUCGCCCUCGGCCAUCCUCUGGGCGCAACAGGCGCUAGGCAGAUUGUCACCGGGCUGAGUGAGUUGAGGAGGACCAACAAGAAGAUUCUGUUGACCAGCAUGUGCAUUGGCAGUGGUCAAGGAAUGGCUGGGUUGUUUGUCAACGAGCAAUAG